AUGAAUGAAUAUUUAAAUUUAAAUUUGGUCGAAAUAAAUCAUACAGAAAUGUAUAGUUCUAAUACAGUUUAUCUCCUUCACCACGCGGUGCUUCGAGAAUAUAAGGAAAUGACGAACCUUCGAGUAGUCUUUGACGCUUCAUGUAAAGGAGUCAAUAACAUUUCUCGAGGUUAUGAUCUACAUAUUGGUCCUGAAUUGCAGCUAGACUUGCGACACAUACCGAUGCAAAGGAACCCUCCGGAUGGCGAGGCCUCCACUAGUGCGGUUCAGCAACUAGAGAGGACCCCAUCAUCCUGGGAGUAUCUUGAGGAUGACAUAGUCCUGAUAGGGGUUCCCCAAGUUCCGUCUAACUAG